AUGCUUGAAGUUUCAUCAGCUGAGAUUAUUUUCGACUUAAAAAACGACACUUAUAUUCCUUACAACUUAAGUCUAAAAAAUGUCACAUCCUAUUACUUGGCAUAUAAAAUUAAAUCCACAAAACCAGAACUAUUUUCUGUUAAACAAAGUAGAGGAUUGAUUUCACCACAGUAAUCAGAAAUCGUAGAAUUUAGUACAACAGACAGAGCUAAAGUACAUUAUAAAUAUGAAUAUAGGAAGAAUUUAGAUCCCAAACAUAUCGUGAAUCAGAAAUUCUAAAUAUAUGCAAUUAAUGUUUAAGAAAAGAAAUCAAUUGCUGAAAUUGACAACCUCUUCCAAACUCAAACUUGUUUUAGUAUUAGAUUGUUUACAAGUAUAAUGAAGGAAGAAUUUGGCAAAAAAGUUCAAAUUUUAGGAAACAACUUGGCAUCCAGUCAUGCAUCUGUUCUAUCAAAUAGCAGAUCAGAGUCUUAAGCGACUAUGCAGUCAAUGAUUUAACCAACUCCAUUAACUAAUUAAGUGUAAUGUGUUUAAAAACUCAAACAAAUUGAAUUGGAACUAGCAGAAGAAAAACGAAAGAGAGAAUAACUUUAUAAUACUAUUGAAAUUUAAAAAUUAAAGAAAGGAUCCUCAUUUAUCAAAUUUAUUCUGCCCAUUAUUUUAGGAAUUCUAUUAUCCAAUGUUUACUAAAUGAGUCUUAAAUAUUAUGAAUGA